AUGGCCGACCAGAUCCCUCUGUACCCGGUCCGCAGCGCCGCGGCAGGCGCCGCUGCCAACCGCAAACGCGCCGCCUACUACAGCGCGGCAGGGCCCGGGCCGGGGGCCGAGCGGCACAGCAGAUAUCAGCUGGAAGAUGAAUCGGCCCAUUUGGAUGAAAUGCCACUGAUGAUGUCUGAAGAAGGAUUUGAAAAUGAAGAAAGUGAUUACCACACAUUACCACGAGCCCGAAUAACCCGAAGAAAAAGAGGACUAGAGUGGCUGGUUUGUGGUGGCUGGAGAUUCCUCUGUACCAGUUGCUGUGAUUGGCUGAUCCAUGUGUGCCAGAGAAAGAAGCAGCUGAAGGCUCGCACCGUCUGGCUCGGGUGUCCAGAGAAAUGCGAGGAGAAACAUCCCAGAAACACCAUAAAAAACCAGAAAUACAACCUGUUUACCUUCAUUCCUGGGGUUUUAUUUGAACAAUUCAAAUUUUUCUUGAACCUCUAUUUCCUGGUUGUGUCCUGCUCCCAGUUUUUGCCAGCCUUGAAGAUAGGAUACCUCUACACCUACUGGGCCCCUCUGGGGUUUGUCCUGGCUGUUACUAUUACACGGGAAGCAAUUGAUGAAUUUCGACGUUUCCAACGAGAUAAGGAAAUGAAUUCACAGCUGUACAGCAAGCUAACUGUGAGAGGUAAAGUGCAGGUGAAGAGUUCAGACAUACGAGUUGGAGACCUUAUCAUCGUGGAAAAGAAUCAAAGAAUUCCAUCAGACAUGGUAUUUCUUAGGACUUCAGAAAAAGCAGGUUCAUGCUUCAUUCGAACUGAUCAGCUUGAUGGUGAGACAGACUGGAAGCUCAGAGUGGCUGUGAGCUGUACACAGAGGCUGCCUGCCCUGGGGGACCUCUUCUCCAUCAGUGCUUAUGUAUAUGCCCAGAGGCCACAACUGGACAUUCAUAGUUUUGAAGGGACAUUUACCAGGGAAGACAGUGACCCCCCUGUGCAUGAGAGCCUCAGCAUAGAAAACACACUGUGGGCCAGCACUGUGGUGGCUUCAGGUACUGUAAUAGGUGUUGUCAUUUAUACUGGAAAAGAGACUCGAAGUGUAAUGAACACAUCCAAUCCCAAAAAUAAGGUCGGGCUGCUGGACCUGGAGCUCAAUCAGCUGACCAAAGCCCUCUUGGUGGCACUGGUGGCCCUCGCGGCUGUGAUGGUGACUCUGCAGGGCUUCGUGGGCCCGUGGGGCCGCAGCCUCUUCCGCUUCCUCCUCCUCUUCUCGUACAUUAUCCCCAUAAGCUUACGAGUGAACUUGGACAUGGGCAAAGCAGCAUAUGGGUGGUUGAUGAUGAGAGAUGGGAACAUCCCAGGAACAGUCGUCCGCACCAGCACCAUCCCCGAAGAGCUGGGCCGCCUGGUGUACUUACUGACGGACAAGACAGGGACGCUGACUCAGAAUGAGAUGGUGUUCAAACGUCUGCACCUUGGCACUGUGUCCUAUGGUACUGACACGAUGGACGAGAUCCAGAGCCACCUCAUCACAUCAUACCCACAGACACAUUCUCAAGCUUCUGGGAGUGGUACCAGUUGCACACCGCCAAGGAAGGCUCAGUCUUCAGCCCCCAAAGUCAGAAAGAGUGUCAGCAGCCGGAUUCACGAAGCUGUGAAGGCCAUUGCCCUGUGUCAUAACGUGACCCCCGUGUACGAGUCCCACGGUGGGGCUGCUGGGGAGACAGAGCACACAGAGGCAGACCAGGACUUCAGUGACGAGAACCGCACCUACCAGGCCUCCAGCCCUGAUGAGGUCGCCCUCGUGCAGUGGACAGAGAGCGUGGGCCUCACCUUGGUCAGCAGGGACCUUUCCUCCAUGCAGCUGAAGACGCCUGGAGGGCAGAUCCUGACCUACCAUGUCCUGCAGGUGUUCCCCUUCACGUCCGAGAGCAAGCGCAUGGGCAUCAUUGUGCGGGAGGAGUCCACAGCUGAGAUCACUUUCUACCUGAAGGGUGCUGACGUGGCCAUGUCCACCAUUGUCCAGUACAACGAUUGGCUCGAGGAGGAGUGUGGAAACAUGGCCCGGGAGGGCUUGCGUACUCUCGUGGUGGCCAAGAAGUCACUGACAGAGGAGCAGUACCAGGACUUUGAGAACCGGUAUAGCCAGGCCAAGCUGAGCUUGCAUGACCGGGCACUCAAGGUGGCCGCUGUGGUCGAGAGCCUGGAGCGGGAGAUGGAGUUACUGUGCCUCACAGGGGUGGAGGACCAGCUGCAGGCUGACGUGCGGCCUACCCUGGAGAUGCUGCGCAACGCGGGCAUCAAGAUCUGGAUGCUGACGGGAGACAAGCUGGAGACAGCCACGUGUAUUGCCAAAAGUUCACAUCUCGUGUCUCGGACACAGGACAUCCACGUGUUCAGACCGGUGACAAGUCGCAGUGAGGCCCACCUGGAGCUGAAUGCAUUCAGGAGGAAACAUGACUGUGCACUGGUCAUCUCCGGGGACUCUUUGGAGGUGUGUUUGAAGUACUAUGAGCACGAGCUUGUGGAGCUGGCCUGUCAGGGUCCUGCCGUGGUGUGCUGCCGCUGCUCACCCACCCAGAAAGCCCACAUCGUGAAGCUGCUGCAGCAGCACACAGGCAGGCGCACCUGUGCUGUCGGUGAUGGAGGAAAUGACGUCAGCAUGAUCCAAGCCGCGGACUGUGGGAUCGGGAUCGAGGGAAAGGAGGGGAAGCAGGCCUCGCUGGCAGCAGACUUCUCCAUCACGCAGUUCAAGCACAUCGGCCGGCUGCUCAUGGUGCAUGGCCGCAACAGCUACAAGCGCUCGGCAGCCCUGGGCCAGUUCGUCAUGCACAGGGGCCUGAUCAUCUCUACUAUGCAGGCCGUGUUCUCCUCAGUCUUCUAUUUCGCUUCGGUCCCUUUGUACCAGGGCUUCCUGAUGGUCGGGUACGCAACCAUAUACACAAUGUUUCCAGUCUUCUCACUAGUGCUGGACCAGGACGUGAAGCCAGAGACCGCCCUGCUGUACCCAGAGCUCUACAAGGACCUCACUAAGGGGAGAUCCUUGUCAUUCAAGACCUUCCUCACCUGGGUUCUGAUCAGCAUUUACCAAGGUGGCAUCCUCAUGUACGGGGCACUACUUCUCUUCGAGUCGGAGUUCGUGCAUGUGGUGGCCAUCUCCUUCACAGCGCUGAUCCUGACGGAGCUGCUGAUGGUGGCACUGACCAUCCGCACAUGGCACUGGCUGAUGGUGGUGGCCGAGUUCCUCAGCCUCGGCUGUUACCUGGCCUCCCUCGCCUUCCUCAACGAGUACUUUGGUCUAGGCAGAGUGUCCUUGGGAGCUUUCUUAGAUGUGGCCUUCAUCACAACCUUGACCUUCCUGUGGAAAGUGUCAGCCAUCACGGUGGUCAGCUGCCUGCCCCUCUACAUCCUAAAGUACCUUAAGCGAAAGCUGUCACCUCCCAGCUACUCCAAGCUCACCUCCUGA